ACAAUGCAAUUUCUAAUUUAUUGUCCAACAAAUAGUGAUAUGAGAGAAGAUUAAUUUAAUAGUUUUUGAAAACUUACAAUUAUCAUAAAAUGGAAUGCAUGCUCAUAAAAACAUGCGUAAAAAUAGUGUACUGAAAUAUUUAUUAUUAUAUAAAUAAAAAAUCAUUCUUUAUUAUUAUCUUUGUGACAUCUUUAUUAGUUUUACCACAAAAUGGAAGAAUACAAUUGUGUUUUUCCUAACAACGUGAUUCCUAAGGUGCCCAAGUUAGCUAUGUAUGUACCAAAUUUUAUUACACCGGAGGAAGAAGAAGAAAUAUUAAGAUGUGUUAAUAAUGCACCUUUACCAAAGUGGACACAGCUAAGUCAUCGAAGAUUACAAAAUUGGGGUGGCAUUCCACAUCCCAAAGGUAUGAUAGCAGAAGAAAUACCAAGUUGGCUAAUGAAAUAUGUAAAUAAAAUUUCAUCCUGUAAUAUAUUUGAGAAAGAAAAGUUACCUAAUCAUGUUCUGAUCAAUGAAUAUUUACCUGGUCAGGGAAUAAUGGCACAUUCAGAUGGUCCACUCUUCCAUCCUAUUGUAACAACUAUUAGCUGUGGAUCUCAUACACUUCUUGACUUUUAUAAACGACUUGACAGCACACAGCAACAUGAACUAAACUUAGAAUUUAGCUUUCUAUUAGAACGCAGAAGUUUGCUUAUUCUGCAAGGAGAUCUGUAUCAUCAUUAUUUACAUUCCAUUGCAGAAAAAGAUACCGAUGUUAUUUCAGGAUCAAUUAUAAAAAAUUUAAGCAUAUGUGGAGAAGAAUUUAAAGAAGAGCAGAUAUUAAAGCGAGGUGUUAGAUUGUCUUUAACUAUUAGGCAUGUUCCUAAAACUAGUAAAUUAAAACUGAAAUUUGGAUAAUAUAUUUGUAUACUUUA